GCUGUGAACCGCUGGAAAGCUCCUGGACUAGAAUCAUGAAACUGCAUCAACAACCAGAGGAGACGAGGGCCGACAAGAAGAGUCUCAAGCCUCAGGUCGAGAGACGCAGGAGAGAGAGAAUGAACCGAAGCAUGGAAAUCCUGAAGUCUCUGCUGCUUCAGAAACAGGAGGAGACUCAACGCAGAGUGGAGAAAGCUGAGAUAUUGGAGCGCACGGUCCUCUUCCUCCAGAGCACCGCCAGAGGAGACAGGUUGGGAUGUGGUGGAGCUCAGAGACACUCCUACCAAGACGGCGUCUCCUCCUGUCUGCAGCGAGCAGCUCAGUUCCUGGGGCCUAAGGGGAAAGGCCUGUGGCCCGGAGCUUCGCUGGACGCUUCCUUCUCUGCCCAAUUCGCCCGUUCGGACCCUGAACCCACAUGCGUCCAAAGCAACCCCGAGGUCCGGUCCCCCACCAGCUCCACCAGCCCUCUGCUCCUCAGGAAGUCGUCCGUCUCUACUCUCCGGAUGCUCAUAAACAGGUCCAAUCUGUGCAAACCUGCUUUAAAUGUAGCUCAGACCCGAGUGGAAUCACAUCGGUCUCCCUCAAGCCCCCCACAGGCCCACAAAGGGGCGAGUAGAGCCACCAAGCAGAGCCCGUCUCAAAGCCACCCGGCCAGCCAGGCUCUGUGGAGGCCGUGGCCCUGAACUCUACUGCAAUGACUCUAACAUGCUGAUGAACGCGUGUUCUCCAUUCGUCUUUCUACAAAGACAUGUCCAGUGCAAUGUAUCUCCCACGGGCCUGCUGCUCGCUGUAACUUCUGAUGAAUCUGUAAAUAUUGUAAAUUGAUUAUUAUGACCUUCAUCAAGUGCUGCUAUUUACUGCCUGUGCAGACCAACUCGUAAUA